CCCUCCUCCUCCCCCGCCCCAGUGCUGUCACGGUCGGGGUCCCAGCUGACUCCCAGGGGGAAAUCUGCACAGGGCUGAAGCUGGCGCAGGUCGGGGAUGCGCGGCUGCCUGGUGCUGGCCAGGCCUGGGGCGCAGCCGGGGCCAGUGCUGACGGCUCGGCUCCGACGCCAGGUGGUGCCGGUGGCGGCACCGUCCCAGGGCAGCGUGGCGAGGAAGGAGGUGAAGAGAACCCGGACGUGCUACACUGUGCUGGGCUCUGCGCACGGCUGCUCCCUCCUGCAACUCCAGCCAGUGACAGCCUUCUCUAGCCAGCUCCUGGUGCACCUGACGCUGCUGCUGUGCCCCACGCUGGGUGACCACGUGUACUCGCCCCGGGUGGGCGCAGUCCUGGGGCAGUCCUUCCUGCUGCCGGCAGAGAGCGCGCCUCCCUGCACACAGGUCCUGCCUAAGCAGGUGCUUGACAGGCUGCGCCUCACACAGCAGCAGGUGCAUCUUCUGCCCUUGCAUCUCCACCUGCACCAGCUGCAGCUCCCGGCAGCGGUCCUGGCUGCACCUCCCCCGCCCUUCUUCCUGAGGACGCUUCACUGCCUGGGGCUGCCUACACACCUGGAGCCGCAGGGUGGCUGCAGGCAGUAGUGGCUCCGUGGUGGCCUGUGACCUGCCUUCUCCCAGAGACUUUCUGCCCUAGGCAGUGGCGGAACAGAGGGGCUGCCUGGGCUGGGGCUGGUGUUCCUGGGAUGCUGCCUCUGAGCCCUAGAAGUGUAUAGCCAGGAACACGUUUCCCUGCUCCUCGUCUCGGAGGCAGGGGAGGGCUCCGGGCCCCUUGCCCCACCCCACCUGCUGCCCCAGUCUUUCCUGUUGUGCAUCCUUGGGCCCCUGCUCUUACCUCCCAAGGCCCUUGGGUGUGGGGCUGAGCCCAGGCACCACCUGCUGUUUGUGGGGCGCGUGGGGAAGGGAGGUGAUCGCCUGCAGCCCCCAGCUGUCCCUGCAGCUGCUGUGAGCACUGAAUAAAGCAGAGCCCUGCUUGCUCUCGUG